AUGGACGACGAGUUAUCCUUGAGUGCCCAUGCCCUUGCUGCGUUAGCUGAGUUCCGCCAGGAAGAAAAACAGCAAGCAGAACGCUUUGCUAAGCUUUCGCAGGCGGCUCAAGACGAAUUUGACAAAGGGCAAGCUAUUCUGAUCGACGACUUCCCGGAAGACUGGCAGCUCUCCCAAUUCUGGUACAGCGAUGAUACUGCUGAUACUCUUGCCCGGGCGUUGUUGGAUGGCGCCACCGCCGACACCGUGAUUUGCAUUGCCAGUGCACCCUCAGUGUACGCAGCGGUUAGAAAGAUGGCGGCCACUAAAGAAUUGCCGACAAAAAAUAUCUAUCUUCUCGAAUACGACUCUCGGUUCUCGGUGAUGGCCGGUUCCGAGCGGUUCUUCGUCUACGAUUACAAUAAACCCACCGAAUUGCCGGAAAAGUUGGUGGGCAAGUGUGAUCGUCUUUUGAUCGACCCGCCGUUCCUCGAGCCUGAAUGCCAGACGAAGCUGGCCAUCGCUGCCAAACAGCUUUUGCGUGAUAUUAACGAGAGUUUGUUGGUGUCGUGCACUGGGGAACGGAUGAAGGAUGUCGUCAUGGAAAACUACCCUGGCAUCAAAAUCACGACGUUUUUGCCUGAACACAAGAACGGGCUUCUGAACGAGUUUAGGUGCUACGCUAACAAACCCACCAAGGAAUGGCAAUUCCAGCAAUAG